AAUAAAAUGUUACACAGACGACAACGUGACCGUCGACUUACUGUGCAUUGAUUGACCUUGAGUGUGUAAGUCAAUUGUACCUGUAAUGCAACAUACCAUGUCGAAUGAUAGGAGUUAUGUGAUAACCAGAAUUAUUCACACAAAUGUUUUGGCUCAUACUUAAGAGCUGUUGGAGGAAAGAUGCAUAGAUGAUGUGAAAAUGCACAACAUUUUAUUUUUUAUCAUAUAAAGCAGAUGUAUCCCAUGUUGCCAUGGGUCUGUACAACAACAGAUUACAGAAGAGGCUUGAAUGGGGUAACAACAUCAGAGACACACUUGGCUGCCACUUGUUCCACUUUUUUCGUUCUUACCACAAUUUGUUAAUUGGAAUAUUGAGACUCACAACACUCUGGUAAUAAUCCAUUUGAUCUCCCUAUUCUAACCCAAAGAAUGUUGUUGCAAGAAAUUAUUUAAUUAUAAGAAAAAAAAGAAGGAUUAUAAAAUAUGCUUAAUUUUGAUAGUUACUGCUAGGUAAUACUUUCAUAACUAGUAUUUUUUUAUGUACCAGAAUAUAUGAGAGAUUUCAUGUCAAUUAUUUUCUUUUGAAAUUUGUUUGAUAAUUUAGA